GCGCCCUGUUCUGUACUCACUUGUGAAAUAGCGUUACAGUUGUAAACAGCAGUGUUAAGGAAUUUUUCUUGUGUUUUGAUAUCUCGUUGGAUUGUUGUUGUUCUUUUAUUUUUAUUCACGGGAUUUGUUUUUAUGAAAAAAGUUUUCCAAUGAAAAUGGCACCGAAUCAUGGUUUUGUUUUAACUGAUGCGAGCGGGGAACCAGUGUCCAGAACAUAUCAAUAUAGAAAGGUGAUGAAACCUAUGUUGGAACGAAAAAGACGAGCCCGGAUUAAUCGUUGUUUGGAUGAACUGAAGGAACUUAUGACGGGUGCUUUGCAAACGGAAGGAGAAAAUGUGUCGAAACUUGAAAAGGCUGACAUCCUCGAGUUGACUGUUCGCCAUCUACACAAUUUGAGACGCCAAAAUCAGAUUUCAACUCGCAACGAACAAUCAUUUGCUGAUCGAUUCAAAGCCGGCUUCAGACAUUGCGCAACCGAAGUGACAACCUUCUUAGACAAUACAGACCGACAUACCAGUGUUCAUGUCAUAAAACAUUUAAACGGAUGCAUCAAGCGACUCGACGUCCAUCCACAACUAGCCCAACCACCGAUGAUGCCAGUGCAACCAUUGUCAUCGCAUCAACCUUCAAAACAAUUACCGCAUUCGAUCAAUAAGUCUACACCGCCACCAUAUCCACCACAGAAUGGACUUUGGCAUAGACCGGAAAGACCAAUUAGUGCAUCAGCCCCACAACAACACAAAGUUCAAUAUUUUGCUGGCGAACCACAACAAAUGCGAUACUACGACGACGAAAUGAAUCGUAUCAACGCAAAUACACCGCCAAUGUCGCCGCCAAUUGAUGUUGAUGAUAUGCCAGUUUGGCGACCAUGGUGAAUGCAAUUCUUGUGUUGAUAAUAGUGAUUGAUAAACCAAACAGUGAAUAGUUAAUAGCGAUUGUUCAACGAAAAAGUUAUUUGUUUUGUCUUCCACUUUAAAAAGUUUUAAAAAAAUUAAAUUUUUCGUUAUUUUUCCAGUGAAUUAUAUGAUCAUGCUUUAAUUAGGAGUUAAGGAAAAUUUUGAAAAAUAUUUAAAUUCUGUGAUAGAUUCAAUUGGUGUAUUUUUCGUUUUUAAUUUAAAUUUUUUUGUUUCUGAAAAUUUUUUUGUUUCUGAAUUUUUUUUUAUUAUUUUUUUUCCAUUCACGUUUUUCUUUAUUGUUUUCGGUUAACUGAUGAAUUCAUGUUAAAAAAAAAAAAAAUAGGACAGACAGUUUAAGUUAUACGGAUUUGCAGUACUUAUCCAAUUUUCUGUAAAAAUGAAAAUCGAAUAGAAAAAUCUCAAAUUAUUUUAUUAAUUACAAAUGUAAGACAGAAAGUAUCGUUUUUAUACCAAAUAAAAUAGCAUAAAUUAUUCGUACUUGAA